UCUAAAAUCAUGAUGACAAGCAACCAAACAGCUGCAGUGACAGAAUUCCUCUUCUGUGGAUUCCUCGAGUUUGAAGAUGGUAGCAUCCUUGUCUUCAUUCUUUUGUUAGUCAUAUACAUAUUCAUUGUUACUGGAAAUCUCACCGUGUUUUUUGCUGUCAGGAUGGACAGUAGUCUCCACAACCCUAUGUAUAACUUCAUCAGCAUCUUCUCAUUUUUGGAGAUAUGGUAUACUACAGCUACCAUCCCCAAAAUGCUCUCCAACCUCAUUAGUGAGCAGAGGACCAUCUCCAUGACUGGAUGCCUCUUGCAGAUGUACUUCUUUCAUUCUCUUGGAAAUUCUGAAGGGAUUCUGCUGACCACCAUGGCCAUUGACAGGUAUGUUGCCAUCUGUAACCCUCUCCGUUAUCCAACCAUCAUGACACCGCGGCUGUGUGGUCAGCUUUGUGCAGGUUCCUGUAUCUUUGGCUUUCUUGUAUUGCUCCCAGAGAUUGCAUGGAUUUCCACACUACCUUUCUGUGGGCCCAAUCAAAUCCAUCAAAUUUUCUGUGACUUUGAACCUGUGCUGCGCUUGGCCUGCACGGACACAUCCAUGAUCCUGGUUGAGGAUGUGAUCCAUGCUGUGGCCAUCAUCUUCUCCAUUCUGGUAAUUGCCCUCUCUUAUAUCAGAAUCAUCAGAGUGAUCCUGAGGAUCCCCUCUGUGGAGGGCCGUCAGAAGGCAUUUUCUACCUGUGCAGCCCAUCUGGGUGUUUUUCUGAUGUUCUAUGGCAGUGUGUCUCUCAUGUAUCUUCGUUUUUCUGCCGUCUUCCCGCCUAUCCUGGACACAACCAUUGCAUUGAUGUUUGCAGUUCUUGCUCCUCUUUUCAACCCGAUCAUCUAUAGCUUAAGAAAUAAGGACAUGAAGAUUGCAAUUAAGAAACUCCUCUGCCAUCAGAAGGUGUUUGCUGAAUAG